UGCGCCCUCAGAAUCAGGCUCAGGAGCGUGGCCUCAGUCAGUAAUUUCCGCGGGCAGCAGAAAACACCUCACCGCCAGGGCCAGCAGCAGCAGCAGCAGCUCCUCCGCGCCAUCACUAUCCAUCACUAUCUGCCACUAUCUAUCUGGGCGUCACGCACUCGUUCAACCCGCGGCAUAAUCAUCCGACCCCCUGCCCUCAGUCGUCUGUCGUCUCGCCACCUUUCCUUUCCAGCAGACGCGAUGCUGCCGAGUCGAAUUGGAGGCCAGCCCCUGCGCAUGGCCGCGUCCCGACCCCGGGUUGGUCACCGGCCGUCGUCGCUGACCAGCUCGCCGGCGCGCUCAAAUACUGGCGGAAGCCGCUCGGUUUCGUCCUCUUCAUCCGCCAAUCCUUCUGGCACCGCAAAAGUCAAAGUUGCUCCUCCUCGUUUGCCCGGCAUGUCUGAAGACGACCACGAUGUCGAGAAGUACCUGCGCGAGAACCACCAGCGCCUCUUUGAGAACAACAAGAAAUGGGCCGCCGACCGGCUGCAGCAAGACCCCGACUUCUUUUCUCGCCUGGCUGCCGGCCAGUCGCCCGAGUAUCUCUGGGUGGGAUGCAGUGACUCUCGCAUCCCCGCCGAGCAAAUCACUGGCCUAGAGGCCGGCGAGGCCUUUGUCCACCGAAACAUCGCCAACAUGGUCAUCAGCACCGACCUCAACGUCAUGAGCGUCAUCAACUAUGCUGUCAACCACCUCAAGGUCAAGCACAUUGUAGUCUGCGGCCACUACGGCUGCGGUGGUGUCAAGGCCGCCAUGACGCCCAAGGACAUGGGCCUGCUCAACCCCUGGCUGCGAAACAUUCGCGAUGUCUACAGAAUCUACGAAAAGGAGCUGGAUACCAUCACCGAUGAUCACCAGCGGUACAACCGCCUGGUCGAGCUCAACGUCAUCGAGCAGUGCCGUAACAUCCUCAAGACUGCAGAUGUGCAGCACUCGUUUGAAACGAACCGAUUCCCCAUCAUUCACGGCUGGGUCUUCAACUUUGAGGACGGCUCUAUCAAGGAUUUGCAGGUCGACAUGAAGCAGAUGCUGGGUAACAUCCAGAAGAUUUACAACUUGACCGAUUAAUACAAUUUUCAUCAUUAUUGUCACCUCUCUAUUGUAUCCGUCUCUUUUACAUGUUUUGUGUUCUUGUAUAAUAACUAUUGAUGGCUUGGACAUCCCUGCAGAUGUCAGGAAGGAAUGAUAUUAUUUUUCUACU